AUGAGAUUCCGCAGACCACAAUGGCAGUAUGGUGGACACCAAACAAGAACUAUUCUGCUUUUGCCAACCAGGCCUAAUCCUAGAUCUUCUCCUUCUGUCAAUACAUCAUCGAAUACUGUCAUUGUCCCGAACAUGAGUUUCUGGAGGGUCGUCCCAGAGGGAAAUUGGGCAUGGUUCAGGACGGUGAAUCCGGGUGUUCCGCCUAUGAUGUUAUUUCCAUUGUUUUGGACGACAUUUGAUGUGAAUCCACUAAGGCCAGUUAGGAAGGAAGAAGUUAGACUUAAUGCUGAAUCAGCAACAUUACCCCCAGGGGGCUACACUAGAAACAAGCGCUUCUGGCGGCACAGCUACACUUGGGCGGCUACUUCCUCGCUGAGCAGUCAAGAUAAGAGAAAUUCUUGUGGAAUGAAGGCUCGGAUGGGGAAUGCAUACGUAUACUGCAAAAUCAAAGGGAAUGCUGAAAAGAGAGAGGAUGGAGUUGAUGAGAUGAUUUGGGUGCAAAAAUUUCCAGUCUUGUUUUGGUGCAUUAGUUACAGUUCCCCAAGAAAUUCUUGUGGAAUGAAGGCUCGGAUGGGAAAUGCAUACGUAUACUGCAAAAUCAAAUGGAAUGCUGAAAAGAGAGAGGAUGGAGUUGAUGAGAUGAUUUGGGUGCAAGAAUUUCCAGUCUUGUUUUGGUGCAUUAGUUACAGUUCCCCAGUACGUUGA